GUAUAUUAUCUCUAACCUCUUAGUGGACUUGUUUUUAAUGGGUUUGUUUCUCAAAGUUCAGUUUAGUGUCUGAACAAAAUGUAAGAGAGAGAUUAUUACUAAGCCACUACCACCCACCCCUCCCCUCUAUGGGUGUAAUAGUGUAUAAAUGGAGACUGGCACAGGCAGCUAUGAUGCCUGAGAUUGUACAUUUUGGGUUAACAGCAUGAAAAUAUUGGGAUUGAUCAUCUUUACUAUAUUGAUGCUGACAGCUAGCAUAGCUUGUGAUACAGAUGUUCAUGGCUGGACAUGUGGCUAUCGAGGGCUUUGCAGAAAGCAAUGCUAUGCCCAAGAAUACAUGGUGGGUUACCAUGGCUGCCCUCAUAGAUACAGGUACUAUAUAUUUAAUAUUUAAAAGGUAUUAUUAUCACAGUAAAUUUCAUUUCCUAUGCAAAUGAUAAAUAGCUAAUGUUUAGUAACCAAGAUAUUAAACACAUUAUUAAUUAAUUAAAGGAUCAAAUGUACUGCACUUA